CAAGUAAGUUCUUCCCAUGCUCAACGCAUAAGUUUAACCGCCUUCAUCAGUCGGCAGUCAUGUCUUUAGAGAUGCGCCAAGGCUUGCAGCGCUCAUUACCUCCCGAACUACUCUAUAAUGUCAUAGAGGCUGUCUUGCCUUCAAAUCCACUGGCAUUAAUCCCAGCGUCACAUACUUCAACCAAGACUUUACUUUCUCUGACAUUGGUUUCGCGCGAUACAUACAAGUUGGCUAUUCGGCUGCUUCGAGAGCGAUGCCUCUAUAUUGACACUAGUCGACGCCUUGCGCAGCUGUUGCUCUGUCUUCCUCACUCUGUACCAACCCUCCCGCCUAUACUACCACUGCGGAAUAUCACAUCGCUCUAUCUAGCCCCAUUCAAGGACAAAUUGGACGACCAACCCACAGCAGCUUGGGUGCGGGAACUAUUCUGCGAAGUAUGCGGUACACUGCGAAGGCUGAUUGUCCACAUGCCAUUCCAGAGUUUGGACCCACUGGAUGAUCACUUGAAUGUCAGGAGGACUCUUCGCGAGGGUUUCGAACGGCUUGAUAAACUAGAAGAAUUUGUCUGUCUUGGCGAUUACCCGGCACUGAGCCUCCAAGAUGCUCCGACCGACGUCUGGGGUCUGUGGCCGGAUCUCAAACGCCUUACAAUAUUUGGGGCACCACUGGAUAAUCAUUGGCUGUGGUGGUACAUCGCGACGCAGCAGAAGAUUGAGCAUGUCAUCCUCGCUCGACCAGUGAAUGUCGAGGCAGCCAACAUCAAGGAGGAGUAUUUUCACAAAUUACCACGAGAUGACAUACGUUUAGACCGGGAUAUCAAAAUCACCCUUUUAGACGCGGCCUUUGUGUGGAGGGGCGUCAAAACAUCGCGUUGGAAGGAAUUCGAUCCGAAGGAACGGAUGACAGUUGGGCUGUAUGAUGUGCCAACAUCGUUCUAUGGCGAUGAGACGCCCAGGGAGCUUGUGACUACAUGGGUGAGACGGGGUGCCUUGGACGGGAGUUUGUGGGACUGGGAGGGUAAAAUUGUUAACGAGACUGCAACCGAUGCUGCAUGAUGUAUUUGUUCUUCAAUACCCCAUGUUUCCAUUAUCAAUCACAU